GAGCAGCUACUUACUUGUUGAGCAAGAACACACAACCUACUGAAUUCUAUAUCUAUCUAUCGAUAUAUAAUAAUUACUGUAUAAUUAAAAAUUAUAAUAAGAAAAAUUAUAAUCAAAUUCAUUAAAGUAAUUGUAUGAAUCAGAUGGAAUUCAUUGCUGAAGAAGGCAAACAGUUCUACAAAGAAUGCUCAACUUUAAUUCUGCCAGCGUUAUCGAUAGGGAAUGUAGGUCAAUUAGCAGUUGAUCUUUUAAUUGCUUCAACUAAAGCGGAGCGAAUCGGGUAUUUCGAUGACCCGAAUGUUGUUCCUUGCGUUGGAAAUGACGCUUAUACCCCUGCUCCCCAGGGUGAUCUUGCUCUUCCUCUUGAAGCUUACGAGUCACCUUCGAGUGCGUUGACCCUUAUCCAACAAAGAUCACCAAUUGUUAAGGGAAUGAUGAUUGAGUUUGCUAAAAAUCUCGCUGAUUUUGCUGUUGCUUCUGGAAAGAAACACAUCAUAAUCCUCUCUAGCUUAGACUUUGGCCGAUGGCAGACAGUCGAUAUGUCAAGUGGCUUGCAGAUUUAUUACCUCUCUAAUACAAAGGCGGAUGGAGCAGAUGAUAACUGUGAAAAGCUAGGGUGGAAAAGAAUGAAGGAGUAUGAUCCUAAUCAGAAACUAUGGAAGUAUCUCAAUACUUUAGCUGAGGGUAAUGUCAGCCAAGAUGAUAUUUCUCAAUUUGAAGAUGAUUUGGGAGAAGAAGACUACUAUCCAAGUCUACCUUUUGCUGCAAUGUUUUCUUGUUUCAAGGCCAAGGGUUUGAAAGUCACCUGCUUGUUAUGUUAUUGCUCUGAAGGAGAUAACAUUCCCGAUGCUUUCCAUUUAGCAGAGGCAGCAUGCAAUCUUGCGGGAAUCAACCCUGAAACGUUUAAAGGAAAUGAAGGUGGUAGAUGGGUGAUCCCAUUUUCAUGGCAGAGUGUAUACGGGCCACCUCCAGAUAUGUCUCUUUUCUAGCUUUCUUAACUUCAUUCCCUAUCGUAGUCAAAGGUUAUGUUCGCUUGUAUCAUUGAACAUUUCAACAUUUUCAUAUGGUGUGCGAAGUAAUGCAAAUGGGAUAGUGGGUUCUAGUUUCUUAAAAGAUGGACCACAUGAUUUAGUUUUUAAUAUUCCUUGGUGACUUGUGCU